CGCGCCGCCUCCGACCUGGAGCCGGUGCCGUCCCACAGGUGUCCUCACGUCUGGCCGUCCAUCUGUCCGUCCCUCCUGGGGCCGGCGCUGACCAUGCCCAGCGGCUGUCGCUGCUUACAUCUCGUGUGCCUGUUGUGCAUCCUGUGGGCACCCGGUCUGCCUGCCCGAGCCGAUGACUGCAGCUCCCACUGUGACCUGGCCCACGGUUGCUGUGCCCCUGACGGCUCCUGCAGGUGUGACCCAGGCUGGGAGGGGCCGCACUGUGAGCACUGUGUGAGGAUGCCCGGUUGCCAGCAUGGGACCUGCCACCAGCCCUGGCAGUGCAUCUGCCUCAGUGGCUGGGCGGGCAAGUUCUGCGACAAAGAUGAGAGCAUCUGCACCAUGCAGUCCCCCUGCCGGAACGGAGGCCAAUGCGUGUAUGAUGGGGGUGGUGAGUACCACUGUGCAUGCCCAACAGGCUUCUAUGGGCAUGACUGCGAGCGCAAGUCUGGACCCUGUGAGCAGGCAGGCUCCCCAUGCCGGAAUGGCGGGCAGUGCCAGGACGACCAGGGCUUUGCCCUCAACUUCACAUGCCGCUGCUUGGCAGGCUUUGUAGGAGCCCACUGUGAGGUGAAUGUAGACGACUGCUUAAUGCGGCCUUGUGCUAAUGGUGCCACCUGCCUCGACGGCAUAAACCGCUUCUCCUGCCUCUGCCCUGAGGGCUUUGCUGGACGCUUCUGCACCAUAAACCUGGAUGACUGUGCCAGCCGCCCGUGCCAGAGAGGGGCCCGCUGUCGGGACCGUGUCCAUGACUUCGACUGUCUCUGCCCCAGUGGCUACAGUGGCAAGACUUGUGAGCUUGUCUUACCUGUCCCAAACCCUGCCACUACACUGGACACCCCCCCAGGGCCCACCCUGGCUGUGGUGGUACCUGCCACAGGGCCAGCCCCCUACAGUGCAGGGGCUGGUCUGCUGCGGAUCUCAGUGAAGGAGGUGGUGCGGAGGCAAGAGGCCGGGCUGGGCGAGUCUAGCCUGGUGGUCUUGGUAGUGUUUGGGGCCCUCACUGCCACCCUGGUCCUGGCCACCAUGUUGCUGACCCUGAGGGCCUGGCGCCGGGGUGUCUGCCCCCCUGGACCCUGUUGCUACCCUGCUCCACACUAUGCCCCGGCGCACCAGGACCAGGAGUGUCAGGUUAGCAUGCUGCCAGCAGGGCUCUCCCUGCCAUCUGAGCUGCCCCAUGAGCCUGGGAAGACCACAGCACUGUGACGGAGGUGGGGGCUUUGCAGCCCCCUUUCUCACUUCCUCCAUCCCUCAGACUGGAGGGGUCCUCUCGCCACCCCUCAGCUCCGGUACAUGCUGAGAGGACCUCUGCCUCACAUCAGAAAUAUUAUUUUUUUAACACACAGAAUGUAAGAUGGGAUUUUAUCAAAUAAAACUAUGGUAAUGCAAGUGGGCUCCUAUGCCAGA